GCCCACACUCAAUAUGGCGGCGGCGGCACCCGCGGCCUCCUGCCCUUCUCCAUCAUGGCGGCGACCGGACCCGCCUCCCUGGGCGCCCGAGUCAUAUGACCUGUCACACAAUGGCUGAGCGCCUAAUUCAGGCCUCCCGGCAACGCCGGGCGAAAGCCAUGACAGCCGCCGCGGGUUUGGCGGGCCAAGCCGCGGUGCCCCUGCUGCUGUGCGCGCUGCUGGCACCCAGCGGCGCGUACGUGCUCGACGACUCCGAGGGGCUGGGCCGGGAGUUCGACGGCAUCGGAGCGGUCAGCGGCGGCGGGGCAACCUCCCGACUUCUAGUAAAUUACCCAGAGCCCUACCGUUCUGAAAUACUGGAUUAUCUCUUUAAGCCAAACUUCGGUGCCUCAUUGCAUGUUCUAAAAGUUGAAAUAGGUGGUGAUGGGCAGACAACAGAUGGCACAGAGCCCUCCCACAUGCACUACGCAUUAGAUGAGAAUUAUUUCCGAGGAUAUGAAUGGUGGUUGAUGAAGGAAGCUAAGAAGCGGAACCCUAAUAUCACACUCAUAGGGCUGCCAUGGUCGUUCCCUGGAUGGUUGGGGAAGGGCUUCAACUGGCCUUACGUCAAUCUUCAGCUGACCGCCUACUACAUCGUGACCUGGAUUGUGGGGUGCAAGCAUUAUCACGACCUGGACAUUGAUUACAUCGGAAUUUGGAAUGAGAGGGCAUUUGACGUUAAUUAUAUCAAGGUGUUAAGAAGGAUGCUGAACCAUCAAGGUCUCCAGCACGUGAAAAUCAUAGCGAGUGAUAAUCUCUGGGAGCCCAUUUCUGCUUCUAUGCUGCUUGACCCUGAGCUCUUGAAGGUGAUUGAUGUAAUAGGAGCUCAUUACCCUGGGACGCUUACAGUAAAGGAUGCUAGGUUGACUAAGAAGAAGCUUUGGUCUUCUGAAGAUUUUAGCACUGUAAAUAGUGAUAUGGGUGCAGGCUGCUGGGGCCGCAUAUUGAAUCAGAAUUACGUCAAUGGCUACAUGACUUCCACCAUCGCUUGGAACUUGGUGGCUAGUUACUAUCAACAGUUGCCGUACGGGCGUUGUGGACUGAUGACUGCUCAGGAGCCAUGGAGUGGACACUACGUGGUAGAAGCUCCUGUCUGGGUAUCAGCUCAUACCACUCAGUUUACUCAACCAGGUUGGUAUUACCUGAAGACAGUUGGCCAUUUAGAGAGAGGAGGAAGCUAUGUAGCUCUGACGGAUGGCUUAGGUAACCUCACUGUCAUCGUUGAAACUAUGAGUCAUAAACAUUCCCGGUGUAUACGACCACUUCUUCCCUAUUUCAAUGUAUCACAUCAGUUUGCUACGUUCGAUCUUAAGGGUUCUUUUAGCCAAAUACCCGAGCUGCAGGUGUGGUAUACCAAACUUGGAAAACCAUCGGAGAGAUUUCUCUUCAAACAACUGGAUUCUCUAUGGCUGCUCGAUAGCGGUGGCAGCUUCACGCUGGAACUGCAGGAGGACGAGCUGUUCACGCUCACCACGCUCACCUCCGGCCGCAAAGGCAGCUUCCCACCACCUCCCAAGCCCCAGCGCUUCCCCUCUGUCUAUGAGGAUAACUUCAACAUUGAUUACCCGUUUUUUAGUGAAGCUCCAAAUUUUGCUGACCAGACCGGGGUGUUUGAAUACUACGUGAAUAUGGAAGACCCCGGAGACCAUCGCUUCACACUGCGGCAGGUCCUCAAUCAGAGGCCCAUCACGUGGGCUGCCGAUGCGUUCAACACCAUCAGCGUUAUCGGGGAUUACACAUGGUCCAAUCUGACUAUAAAGUGUGAUGUGUACAUAGAGACCCCUGAGAAGGGAGGCGUGUUCAUUGCUGGAAGAGUCAAUAAAGGUGGUAUUUUGAUUAGAAGCGCCAGGGGGAUUUUCUUCUGGAUUUUUGCAAAUGGAACCUACAGAGUCACAGGCGAUCUAGCUGGAUGGAUCAUAUAUAGUUUAGGACAUGCUGAUGUUACAGCAAAAAAAUGGUAUACACUCACUUUAACUCUGAAUGGUCGUUUCUCCUCCGGCAAGCUGAAUGGCAAGACCCUCUGGAAGAACAUCUCUGUGAACUUCCCAGAAAACGGCUGGGCCGCGAUUGGGACUCACUCCUUUGAAUUUGCGCAGUUUGACAACUUCCGUGUGGAAGCUUCGCACUAAUCCAUAGAGGGCCGCGGGACACUCUGCAUUGUUCUUCUUUAUGCUUUUGGUUCAGAGCCAGUUCUCGUUUUGAUGAUCAAUAUAGGAGCCUUUCAGAGGCGAAAAAUAAUGAAGAGGAAAUGGGGAGAAAAAUAUAUUUUUGCUGAUCCUCUUGAAGAUUAUUUUAGAACUAAUUCCAAGGGGAAACAGAUGAAGCUUUAACGUGACCUGAUGUGUCCCAUACAUAGGACACGAAGUACGCGGGUCCCAUCCUUGGGAGUGGUUAGGGUGUUGAGACCCCGAUGCCUCGUGCUAAUGCCGAGGUGGCUUUUGCCAUCACACUUGCCCGUGCAGAUGGCCAGAACUCGCUCGGACGGCGAUGUGUCUGUUCACGCUGACUGCGUGUCCCCAUCGCGGGCCACGCUGCCUCAUAGGAAGCUGAAGACCCUGGAAGUUCUGCUGUGUGGGAACCACUCCAACAUGUUACGCCUGCACUCUGAAAGUAUUUUUUUCUUUUCCUUUUUAAAGUGAUAUAUUUUUGAAUUAUGAUGAGUGAGAUGAUUUGGAAAAUAGCUCACUAAUAACUACCUCUAAAGAUAUUUCUACAGUAAUAAAUAAUUAGCAGAUUAAUUGGGUUACCUGCAUUUUUUUUUUUCUUUUGGGUCCAGCUUUUACUCUUGUGACCCUUACAACUGUGUCAGCGUUUUCCCAGGUGGCUAGAAGGAGGAAGAAAGCUCCCUGGCAUGUAGCCAGUGCGGUUAGUGGGUCCAAAGGUAGAAUUGUAGCACACUUUUCAUUUGAUUUCAUUGUGCCUUUCUGGUCUGACUUUUCUUCUGGCACUGGUGACAAACUAAAGUAACGAAUGAAUACUUCCGUCUCCUUGUGCCUGGAAGAUAGAUGAUCACCUAACCUUUUGCUGGUUUGUAGAACUGGAGCAUCCUCUAAUAGUUUGUUGUGGUUAGAAGUAUGUAUUUAAUUGAAGUACAAAUAUGUUUAAGUGUAGGUGAGAAUGUUUCUCAUGCAUUAUAAUUUAUAUCUAAUCAUUAGUGUACCCCCAUGAAGCAAACCAGUUAUUCAUGUGGAUAAAAUAAUUUUUUUUUUAUAAUGAAGGUUUAAAAGUUCAUUGAACUAAUUCUACAGUUUUGGAAUUUAUAAUGAUUUAAUGUAGGCUAAACCAACAUGAAGUUUUGUAUUACCAUUAGAGACAAGAAACUAAAUCUUAGAAUAAAUCAGGUUACAGAGGAAAAUUUUUUAAUUAAAACCAGUCUAAGUGAUUUCCAGUUUAGGUCACUACAUAUUUUUUAAAAUUAACUUGAUUGAGGUGUAAUUUACAUAUAGUAAAAUGUUCGCAUUUUAAGUGUACAGUUCAGUGAGUCUUGGUAAAUGGAUAAACCAAGAUAUCAAACGGUUUCGUCACUCCAGAAAGUUCUCUUAUACCUGUGCAGUCAUUUGCCCUCACCCCACCCUGCUCCCAGGCAAUCACUGGUCUGAUUUCUGUCACUAUUGAUAAGUUUUCUUUGUUCUAAAACAUUAUAAAAAUGGUAUCAUACACUUUGUACUGUUUUAUGAACGAUUUCUUUUACUUAUCAUGAAGUUUUUGACAUUUGUUUAUGUCCUAUGUAUAUCAGUGAUUUGCUCCAUUGAAGGGGUAUACCACAAGUUGUCCCCCCAGCUUUUAGAAUUACAAAUAAAACUGUUAUGAACAUUCGAGUACAA